AUGGGAUGUACAAGCCGAACCAGCGUUGGCAAAACCAGCAUGGGAACGAUCAUGUGUGCGAUUUGUGCGGGGCUGGCGCAGUGGACGCAAAAGAGCUUCCCGAAUGCAUUGCAGUCUCGGCAAAACUUGCUGCAAAGAUUUGCGCGUAUGUUCGCGUUGUGUCCUGAUUAUGCCCAAUUGCCUGUACGACGGCAAGAGUGGGUUUUUGGAAGCGCGCGUUUGAAAUAUCAGUUGUUCAAUGGCACGUUGCUUUAUUUCAUCUGGAAGUUUGGUGCCUUGUGGUUGCUGAACGUAGUUAUUCCGGAUACCACCCUUGAGCAUUUCAAGGACUGCUUCACAUGA